AUGAACUCUCUUAUUGCUAACACCAACAUGGAAAACUCCACUGGGAAGAGUGCUGCUCCAUCGUUCGAUGCGUGGAUGUUCCAGCCGGAACAGCUGGCUGCUGCUGCCUCGGGGGCUGGGAACUUCAAAUUGGGCUCGAAACGGUCGUCGCUGUCGUUGGCGGACUCGGACUCCUCGAGUUGGUUUGAGCCACUGGAGAAUAUCCUGUCGUCCGCGUCGACGUCGUCUAUGGGCUCGCCGCUCCCAGUGGAGGCAGGUGCCGGUGCGGACGUCGCUGUCAAGUACGAGGACCCCUUUGCGCUACAGUUGAACGACUUGCUCAAGAAAGAGGAGGAUAACUGUGACGCGGCAAUGACACCGCGUGUAAAGGCCCCCAGGAAGAGACUCACGCCUCACCAGAAGGAGGCUCAUAACAAGAUAGAAAAACGGUACAGGAUCAAUAUCAACAUGAAGAUCACAAAGUUGCAACAGAUCAUUCCCUGGGUCGCUUCGGAGCAAACUGCGUUCGAGACGGACCACAAGUUGGGGAAGCAACAGGCUACAUCGACAAGACUCAACAAGUCCAUGAUCUUGGAGAAGGCCGUGGACUACAUUCUGUACCUCCAAAAUAACGAACGACUGUACGAGAUGGAGGUGAUGAGACUCAAGAACGAAUUGGAGACGUACAAGAGAACCGCUGGUUCCAAAUGA